AUGAGCACGUGGGAGGAGUAUUUGGCUAAUCAGCAGGCGAUCGACGGCUUGCAAUUCACCUGGAAUUUAUGGCCACAUUCUCGUGCCGAUGCUCAACGACUCGUCAUUCCACUUGCUUCUUUCUUCACUCCAUUAAAAGAACGUCCAGCUGAACAUCCUCAACAGCCUCCACUUGAAUAUGAUCCGGUGUUGUGCUCAAAGCAACAAUGCAAAGCUGUGCUCAACUGUUUCUGUAUGGUCGACUACCGAGCAAAGACGUGGGUGUGUGCGCUUUGUGCGAAUCGGAACUCUUUCCCGGCUCACUAUGCUGCAAUCAGCGAACAGAACAUGCCGCCCGAGCUUUACCCACAAUUCUCGACUAUCGAAUACACUUUGAAGAAAGCAACCACUAUGCCCCCGAUUUUCAUGUUUGUGAUCGACACAUGCUUGACACAAGAGGAGUUGAAAGCUUUGAAGGAAAGCAUUCAGACGGCGAUGGCUCUUCUCCCAGCUGAUGCACUUGUUGGACUCAUUACAUACGGACGAAUGGUGCAGCUUCAUGAGUUGAAUGUUAAAGGAAUCACUCGCAGUUUUGUCUUCAAGGGAACGAAAGAAGUGACCGCAAAGCAAAUUCGUGACAUCUUGGCAAUGCAAAUUGGAGGCCGACCAAGUGGACCAGCACAAGCAAUGCAAGGAGCGCCAGGAGCGCCAAUGGGUGGAGUUCCCGGUGGACCUGGACCAGCUCCUGGAAUGCCUGGAGGAUUACCCGGUGCCGGACGACCUGGAAUGCCAGCUGGACCGCAAGGAGGACCAAAUAUGCCCGGAGGUCCUGGACCAAAUCCAGCAGCGGCGCCUGGAGGACCACCUGGAGCACCCGCCCACAACACUUACAACAAGUUCCUUCAACCUAUCUCUGAAUGUGAUGAAUCGAUUAACGAUCUCAUUGACGGCGUUGUGGUUGAUCGCUGGCCUGUUCCACAGGGACAUCGUCCGUUGAGAGCUACUGGUGCUGCUCUUUCGGUUGCUGUUACACUCUUAGAGACUUGUUUCCCGAACACUGGUGCUAGGAUUAUGACGUUUAUUGGAGGCGCUUGCACACAUGGACCUGGAAUGGUAGUUGGAGAAGAGCUGAAGAAUCCCAUCCGUUCAUGGCAUACGAUCAAAGAAGAUAAUGCUAAUUUGAUGAAGAAGGCUACAAAAUUCUACGAUACGCUGUCAGCUCGAUUGGUGAAGAAUGGGCACGUUGUCGAUCUCUACUCGUGUGCCUUGGAUCAAACGGGACUAGCAGAGAUGAAAAACCUCUACAAUUCUACGGGAGGACACGUUGUGAUGGGUGAUUCCUUCAACUCUUCGUUGUUCAAACAGACGUAUCAACGGGUUUUCGACAAAGACGGUUAUGGACAACUGAAGAUGGGAUUCAACGCAACAAUGGAAGUGAAAGUGGGAUCGGGAUUGAAAAUUGAAGGACUCCUCGGGUGCUGCUCUAGUGGAAAUGUGAAGAAUGCAAACGUCUCUGAUCAAGAAAUGGGGAUCGGCGGGACAUGUCAAUGGAAGUUUGGCGCCCUGUCUCCUCGCACGACCGUUGCGAUAUUGUAUGAGAUCACGGCUCAGCAUGGAGCUGCGGUGGCUCAAGGCAGUCGAGGAGUUGUUCAAUUUGUCACACAAUAUCAGCACGCUGAUGGAAGGAAGAGAAUCCGAGUGACGACAACAUGCCGGUCUUGGGCGGAUAUGCAGAGUCAACAUGCAAACAUUGCUUAUGGAUUUGAUCAAGAAGCGGCGGCCGUGAUAAUUGGACGAUUGGCUUCAUGGCGAGCGAUCAACGAAAACGACACUCCCGAAGCGUUGCGUUGGCUCGAUCGAACUUUGAUUAGACUGUGCCAAAAAUUCGGAGAGUACCACAAAGAUGACCCCGCCUCGUUCCGCUUGUCAGAAAAGUUCUCAAUGUUUCCACAAUUUAUGUUCCACUUGAGGAGGUCUCAAUUCUUACAAGUCUUCAACAACUCACCCGACGAGACAGCAUAUUAUCGACACAUCUUGUUCUCCGAAAAUGUCCUCGAGUCGACAACUAUGAUUCAACCUGUGCUCUUCAGUUAUUCAUUCAAUGGACCACCUGAGCCCGUGUUACUGGAUUCGUCAUCUAUUCUUCCCGAUCGAAUUUUGUUAAUGGAUGAUUAUUUCCACGUUCUCAUCUAUCACGGACAGACUAUUGCUGCAUGGAAGAAAGCUAAAUACGACGAAGAUCCUCAAUACGCCUCGUUUAAGCAACUGUUGGAGGCUCCCGUUGCUGAUGCCACCUCGAUUCUGCAAGAACGUUUCCCAAUGCCCCGUUACAUUGUUACCGAGUAUGAGGGAUCGCAGGCUCGAUUUUUGUUAUCAAAAGUGAACCCAUCGACAACUCACAACAAUCCGUAUGCAACCGAUGGAGGAGCAGCUGUGCUAACCGAUGAUGUUUCGCUCCAGGUGUUCAUGGAGCACUUAAAGAAGUUGGCCAGUUCGUCAUCUACA